AUGUCCUGCCAGCAAAACCAGCAGCAGUGCCAGCCCCCUCCCAAGUGCCCCCCAAAAUGCCGACCCAAGUGUCCUCCAAAGUGCCGACCUCAGUGCCCAGCCCCAUGCCCACCUCCAGUCUCUUCCUGCUGUGGUCCCAGCUCUGGGGACUGCUGUGCUCGCUCUGGGGGCUGCUGCAACUCUGGGGGUGGCAGCUGCUGCCUGAGCCACCACAGGCCCCGUCUCUUCCACCGGCACCGGCACCAGAGCCCCGAUUGCUGUGAGUGUGAACCUUCUGGGGGCUCUGGCUGCUGCCACAGCUCUGGGGGCUGCUGCUGA